UCAUUUCAAAAACACGCCUGUCUUCACAUAUUUGUAUAGUUAGAUGCGGAACCUAUGAAUUUUGAGGCCAAGCUAUUUGAUAUUUGGUGUUUUAAACAGAAGAAUCAAAGCAAUAUAUACUCUAAAUUAUUGUAAUUCAUAAGCAAAACAGAAAAAAGAAAGACACUGAAGUGCUUUAAGACAUUUUUAAAGACAAGGUUUAUCUCAAAGGUUUCUUCAAACUGAAAACAUCCCCUACUAACACACCAUGUUAUAUUUAGUUGGUCUAGGUUUAGGAGAUGCUAAAGACAUUACGGUGAAGGGUCUAGAGGUUGUGAAAUCAGCAAAUAGAGUUUAUCUAGAAGCUUACACUUCUAUUUUGACAGUCGGGUUGGAUACCUUAGAGAAGUUUUAUGGACGAGAAGUGAAGCUAGCUGAUAGAGAUACUGUUGAACAGGAUUCAGAUGAGAUCCUAGAUGGUGCUGACAUCGAAGAUGUGGCUCUGCUAGUGGUAGGUGAUCCGUUAGGGGCAACAACUCAUACUGAUUUAAUAUUACGUGCUCUAGAGAAAAAGAUACCAUAUAAGGUGAUACAUAAUGCAUCUAUCAUGAAUGCAAUUGGUUGCUGUGGUCUUCAGCUGUAUAACUAUGGAGAGGCAGUUUCAAUUGUGUUUUGGGAAGAAAAUUGGAAGCCUGAAAGUUUCUAUGAUAAAAUUUGUCACAAUCGUAAGAAUGGCCUACACACUUUGUGUCUAUUGGACAUAAAAAUGAAAGAACAAACCACUGAAAAUCUGAUGAAGGGAAGAAAAAUUUAUGAACCUCCCAGAUUCAUGACAGUAAAUCAAGCUAGCAAGCAGUUACUUGAUAUUAUUCAGAACCGUGUAAAAUCUGAGUGUGAAAAGGGUGAAUUGUUGAAAGACACUAUUUGUGUAGGGGUUGCCAGGGUGGGAUCAGACGCUCAACAAAUUGUUACUAGUACAUUAGAAAAAAUGGUGAAUGUUGAUCUUGGUGGACCACUGCAUUCACUUGUUAUACCUGGAAACACACAUGAAAUAGAAGUUGAAAUGAUGAAACAGUUUGUUAUUCAUUCAGAUGUUAAUCUAAACUCUCUGAUAAAAUGAUGAAUUGAAUUGUGACUUUUUCUUACCAUAUGGCCUAUUUCAAAUGGGUCCAUUGAGAUACUUGUUAAUAACACCCCACAAUUGACUUGCAUUUUAGAAACAUAAAGGGUAUUUAAUCGCU